CUGAAGCGGAACGGAGGACCAAAAUCGAGGGCAAUCUUUAAUGGGUCUCAGGCCUCCUCUUCCUCCUCCCUCUGCAUGCCUCUAGUCAGGCAGACAACUCUUUAAUGCCCCAAAAAUGGCUUAAUCAAUCCUUCAGCCACCCAACGGCCCAAUCUAAAGUACUGUGGCUUUUAUCGUGACCGUGUCAUCAAUACAUAUGGCUAGCGAUCAUGGCAACCAACUUGAUUGGGCCCGGUAUGGCCUCCAUGAUCAAGCUCAAAUAGACUUUCGACUUGAGGACUGAGAUCGUCGGCGGUACCACUUUCUUGUCCUCUUAAAUCCAACCCAAGCAACCGAGGGUGGUGAUCUCCAAAUCGCAAUGGUUGCCCGUUUGGGCGAAUGCGAGGGCAUGUGAAUCGGGGACAGGAUCUCUUUUUAUGACCCUGUCUGGCCGCUGAGGUAGACUUCGUUCACCAAAGAACACCACAACCUGCACCCUUACUAUGACCCUGCAGCACUCGAUCACUCUCGUCCAAUCCUGGACUCAGUCGCUUUCGGUUCAGCUCCCCGAACCCGUGCGAUCCGCCCUCGACCGCCAUCCCUUCAUUCCCCUGGUCUUCAACUCUUUGCUCGCCAUCGCUUUCCUGCGGUAUCUGAAUCGCGCCCUCACAUCCUGGUCGCUGGGAAAUUGCUCCGUUAACCGAUGGAACAAGGAUCGCGAGCUUGUUCUCAUCACUGGCGGCAGCAGUGGCAUCGGCCAGCAUGUCGUCCUACAGCUAGCCGUGCGAGGCGUGAGGUGUAUUAUCCUCGACAUCCAAGCACCGUCCUAUACCCUGCCCAAGUCUGCACAUUUCUACAAAACGGACAUCACGUCUACCGACGCACUGCAUGCAACGGCUGAACAGGUUCGCGCCGACCACGGCAACCCCACUGUGCUCGUUAACAACGCCGGUGUGGGCCAUGACGGCACCAUCCUUGCCGAGCCCGAGAGCAAGAUCCGACAGACCUUCGAGGUCAACACGCUGGCGCAUUUCCUGACGGUGCGCGAGUUCCUGCCGGCGAUGCUGGAGCGCAACCACGGGCAUGUGAUCACGGUGGCAAGUAUGGCGAGCUUCGUCGCGCUCGGCGAGAUGGUGGACUACUGCUGCUCCAAGGCCAGUGCGUUGGCGUUUCAUGAAGGGCUGGGUCAGGAGAUCCGACACUGGUAUAAACGGCCCGGUGUGAAGACGAGCGUCAUUCAUCCGUAUUGGGUCCGCACUCCGAUGAUUCAGCAGUUGACAGAUGCUGGAGAUUUGUUCAAGCAGCCUGUCUUGACGGUGGAGCGCGUCGCUGCGGCAAUUACGCGCCAGGUCGUUUCGGGAAAGAGUGGACAGAUUUUCCUCCCUGAGGGCUACUCGGUGGUCAGUAUGGUGAGGGCAUUGCCUACCUGGUUGCAGGAGCAUGUGCGAGGACUCUCUUCCAAAGAUAUUCGACGACUCCGAGAAGUGCAGAAGUGAGGGUUGAAUUGCUGGUCAAUUGCCGCCUCGGGGAGAAUUGGGAUUUUCGAUUGUAUAUUCUGUCAAGCAAACUGUGUUUCUUU